UAUGCGCAUAUGUUCCUUGACUUUAAUAAUAAUAAUAAAAUUCUUUAUUUAACGAAGGUAACACAUUUAACAAUUACAUGUUACAACUUCAAAAAUUUAAUUCAACCAUGACAUAGUCAUACAAUUGUAUAGAUAGAGGAAGAUGUGGUGUGAGUGCCGAUGAGACAACUUUCCAUCCAAGUAACAAUUUAAAAAGUAAAUCAUUAUAGGUUAAAGUACGGCCUUCAACAUGGAGAAUUGACUCACACCGAACAACAAGCUUUAAAGGGCCCCAAAAUUACUAGUGUAAAACCAUUCAAAUGGGAAAACCAACGGUCUAAUCUAUAUAAACAAAACGAGAAACACAUGUAUAUUACAUAAAAAAACGACAACUACUGUACAUCAGAUUGUAUGUUUUAAUUUAUGUUUCAGUUACAAUGUACUGCCAACACUGUGGGGAAAAUCUUGCCAAAAGUGCACACUUUUGCACAAAUUGUGGCAAGUCUGUCACAUCAUCAGCCCCCACAUCAUCAGAAUGUGAAAGCUUAAUGCCAACCGAAUUAUCGUCAGAUGGCAGCAAAAGUCUGGAAGCUUUGAGAAAACGAUUUCUCACUAACAAAUCUGAAGCUUCACCACCUAAAAAAAGCUGCGUGAAGCCAGAUUUGAAGAUGAAAGAGAUAAAAGAGGAUAUACAAGUGCAGUUACAAAUCCAAAUUUUGGAUAAGUAUGAAACAGCUGUGAAAAGAGUUUUCCCUACAUCAGAAGACUUAUUAUCUGGGAAGAUAUCUAUUACAGUGCCAAUCAAGUCUACUGGUGUCUACUGGAUGAAGAAAGUUAAUGAAUAUUUUCAGGGCAAUUAUAAGCUACAGAUUAUGACAAUUUGUUCUUCUGGAUACAGUGUUGUUGACAAUCCAGAAGAUUUCAAAAUUGCAAACCUGAAGUUUGAAAUGAAAAAGUUUAAAAAGAAGGCCGGUGAUUUGCAAGCAUACAUAAAAUUUGUAGACAAAGACCGCUCACAACUUAAGAAGUUAGUUACAUGUAAUCAAUCACAGAGAGAACAGGAAAGACCCUGUGUUAAAAAAGACAAGGACGAUGUUGCCAGGGUAACAGAAUCAAGGACAACUUCAACUAUUGCUCUCAAGGAGAAAUCUAUUGAGAUGAAAAUAAGAAAAGAAGGCACAGCCAUCAAAGCAGGUGCAAUCCGGGCUGAAUAUGAAAGUUUAUCAUCAGAUGAAGAUACUGCACUCCAACUUACUAGUCAGGAAGGAGGAAAUGAAGAUAAAGUAUUAAUUUUGGUUGAAAGAUUGUCAAUGUAUGAGUCAGGAGUUCAGAGUGCUAAGUCAGCAGGUGAUACCUCUAAGCAGAAAAAAUAUGGUACAGCCCUGAAGACAAUACAAGAUUUAUUACUGCAGGCACAGAAAGGAAAGGUAGUGGAUGAAAGUGGUAUACCACCUAGAAUACCAGAAAUAGAGACGGAGCAGAUGACAGAGACAAAAAGAGACCAGUACAAAACAACAGCUCUAAAGCCAAAGCAGUCUGCAGAUACUCACACAGCUAGAAGAAGUAAACAGCCUAGUGCAUCAGCAUCACCUUCUUCACAACAAAUCCUAAGAUUUAACAAUGAACCAACAUCACCUUCACAUGAAAUAGAGACGGAGCAGAUGACAGAGACAGAAAGAGACCAGUACAAAACAACAGCUCUAAAGCCAAAGCAGUCUGCAGAUACUCACACAGCUAGAAGAAGUAAACAGCCUAUUGCUUCAGCAUCACCUUCUUCACAACAAAUCCUAAGAUUUAACAAUGAACCAACAUCACCUUCACAUGAAAUAGAGACGGAGCAGAUGACAGAGACAAAAAGAGACCAGUACAAAACAACAGCUCUAAAGCCAAAGCAGUCUGCAGAUACUCACACAGCUAAAAAAAGUGUACAGAUAGCCAAGAAUGAUUCCCAGUUCAUCAAUAUAAGUGACAGUGAUGCUGAUACCAGUGAAAAUGAGUUGGCAACAAUGAAUAUUGUAAAAAGAGCUAGAACAGGAACACCAGGUUGUAAAAAGCUGAGUUUGAAAGAAAAAAAAAAAUUACGACAAGAAAUGGCAAAGGAUUUCAUCCCACCAAAACCAGGGGCAAGAUCUUCCAAGGAGUUUAUGAUUCUAAAUGACAAUGCCAUAUACUCCCGUCAUUUCGAUUUAACAACCCCAAUUAAGGGUCUUUAUAACUGGCUAGUUGCCACCAUACCCUAUGAGACAGUGCCUGCAAGGUUCGUUUUACAAUGUGUAGGUGUAGACGUAUGUGAACUAACAGAUUGCCGGCAUCAGUUUCCCAUAACUGAUGAGAGGGACAGAGACAUUUUGUUGAUCUCUGUCCCAUCAUCUUUGGUUAUCUCACCAAUUGCUGAUGAAGUCAAUACAACCUUCACCUGUUAUGACGAAGUAUACUUCAGUUACAGUGAUCUGUAACAACACUUUUUCAUUUGUUCAAUAAGAAAAAAAUUCUGAUUUUAAAUAAAUAUUUUGCAUCCAGUAUAAGAGGUGCGCAAGAUGCAAGUUUGUUCAAAUAAUAAUGUGUACAGGGUUUUAAUACAACCCGUAUUUUUUGGUCAUAUAUUGGUAUAAUGUUGGAGUCGUCUUCAACUUCAUUGUCGUCCGAAGACAUUUGGUUUUCGCACUAUAACUUCAGUAAAAGUAAAUAGAAUCUAUAAAUUUAAACACAAGGUGUAUGCCCAUAAAAGGAAGGUUGGGAUUGAUUCUGGGAAUUUUGGUCCCAACAGUUAAGAAAUAAGGGACCAAAAAGGGCCCAAAUAAGCAUUUUCUUGGUUUUCGCACCAUAACUUUAGUGUAAGUAAACAGAAAUCUAUGAAAUUUUAACAUAAGGUUUAUGACCAUAAAAGGAAGGUUGGGAUUGAUGUUGGGAAUUUUGUUCCCAACAGUUAAGAAAUUAGGGACCAAAAAGGGCCCAAAUGAGCAUUUUCUUGGUUUUCGCACAAUAAUUUUAGUAUAAGUAAACAGAAAUCUAUGAAAUUUCAAAAUAAGGUUUAUGACCAUACAAGGAAGGUUGGGGUUGAUUCUGGGAGUUUUGGUCCCAACAGUUUAAGAAUUAGGGGCCAAAAGGGGCCAACUUUAUACUUUGUUUUAUUUCAUCAAGAAAUGAAUUAAUGGCCAAAUGUAACCAUGUAUUUUGAAUCUUAAUUCUUGGUCCUGUUUUCAAAUUGAUCGACAGAAAAGUCCAAAGGGUCCAAAAUUAAACUGACUUUGAUUUUAUCAAAAAAUUGAAUUCUUCAGGGUUUUUUUAUAUGCUGAAUCUAAAUAUGUACUUAGAUUUUUUAUUAUGGGCCCAGUUUUGCAAGUUGGUCCAAAUCGGGGUCCAAAAUUAAACUGUGUUUGAUUUAAAAAAAAAAAAAAUAUAUAUGGGGUUAUUCAAUACGCUGAAUUUAACCAUGUAUUUACAUUUUUAAUAUUGGGCGCGGUAAUCAAAUUGGUCCACAUUGAGGUCUAAUGGGUCUAAAAUUGAACAUCAUUUGAUUUCAUCAAGAAUUGAAUUCUUGGGGUUCUAUGAUAUGCCGAAACUAACCAUGUAUUUAGAUUUUGGAUAUAUAUUGCACCAUAAUAGAUAAAUGUUCAAUUUAAAAAAAAAAAAAAAUUUUAAUUUAAGGUGGUACCUAACACUUUCACUAAAAUUAAUUUGACUCGUUUAAUUUUCAUAAAAUUUUGACAAAGUAUUCACUUUGAUCCUUUAACAAAAAUAUAAAAAGAAUCAAAUAUUUUGAACCAACUGUUUUGUCAGAAAAAUUACACUGGUUAUAUAGCAGUUUGACAAACACCAGUUUUGAUCAUUGAAAAGCUUAAUAUUCCCUUUACAACACAACGUUAUUAAAACGUUUAGCUGAUUUUACAGAGUUAUCUCCCUGUAGUGUUAGGUACCACCUUAAGUUCUUAUACCACAUUCAUUAUGUGUCAAAAACAUAUGUUGUGUCAAAUAUUUCAUCACAAUCCAAAUUCAGAGCUGUAUCAAGCUUAAAUGUUGUGUCUAUAAUACUUGCCCCAACUGUUCAGGGUUUGACCUCUGUGGUCGUAUACAGCUGCACCCUGGGGAGCAUCUGGUUUUACAAGUGGUAAGUGUUUUGACACAUACAUUUUUCAUCAGGUGAUAAAGUUUAUCUUGUAAAAUUUAUCAUCAUUAUAUCUUAAAAUACAAUUCCUAUACUUUAACUUCACAUUUAGUGCACUUAUUAUUCUCCUUGUACUGAAACUGUAAAUAAAGAUGUGAAUGGUGUCAA